AAUAAAAACCAUGGACUACAAUGCCAUUCUAGACUUUGGGGAGAAUCCUGUCACAGAUGUGGACAUGAAACUAGAGAUCCUUAAAUUCAGUUAUAGCUGGUCAGAUGCAGUUGAAGAGGAAGAAAGAAGUAUGGAGGAGGAGGAAAAUCAGCAAAGAGAAAUGGAGAAGAAGUUAGAAAAAGAAAUUGCACAGGAGAAGAAAGAUCGCAACAAAAAUCACAACAGAAUAAAAACCAUGGACUACAAUGCCAUUCUAGACUUUGGGGAGAAUCCUGUCACAGAUGUGGACACGAAACUAGAGAUCCUUAAAUUCAAUUAUAGCUGGUCUGAUGCAGUUGAAGAGGCGGAAAGGCACACGGAGGAACAAAAGCAGCGAAAUGAGAUGAAGAACUUAGAAAAAGAAAUUGGACAGAAAGAAAGGAGAGAUAGCUACAAAAAUCACAACAGAAACAAAAUGGAAAACAGAAAAACUAAACACUACAAAGCAUGGAAGCAUGAAAAGGCCCAUAUGAAAAAAAUACCAGAAAAUGAAACCGGAGGUAAAUAUCUUUCAGCUUUUGAAUCCACCAACAACAUGAUUGAAAGAGAUACAAGAAAAGAUUCUGGUGAUAAAUUAACCAAUAUUACAGAAAUCUCCAAAUGUGAUACCAAAAUUUUAGGAGAGAAGAAGAAUGAAGAUUCUUCAGGAGUGGGGGCAAUUACAAUUGAUAAAAUAGUGUUGGCAGCCAAAGACACUGCUUGCGAUGAGGAAUUGUCAGAGAAGUCACCAGUUCAUGAUGCUAUGUCAAAGGAAGAUAUGUCAACAGAGAAGACAACAGUAAAUGAUGAGGAUAAGUCAGCAGAGAAGACGGUAGUAGGUGAUGAGGAUAAGUCAGAAGAGAAGACAGCAGUACGUGAUGAGGACAUGAUGUCAGCAGAGAACACACCAGUGCGUGAUGAGGAUUUUUCAGCAGAGAAGACAGCAGUACGUGAUGAGGACAUGAUGUCAGCAGAGAAGACAGCAGUAGGUGAUGAGGACAUGUCAAUAGAGAAGACAGCAGUACGUGAUGAGAACAUGUCAACAGAGAAUACAGCAGUAGGUGAUGAGAACAUGUCAACAGAGAAGACAGCAGUACGUGAUGAGGACAUGUCAACAGAGAAGACAGCAGUAGGUGAUGAGGAUAAGUCAACAGAGAAGACAGCAGUAGGUGAUGAGGAUAAGUCAGCAGAGAAGACAGCAGUACAUGAUGAGGAUAAGUCAGCAGAGAAGACAGCAGUACGUGAUGAGGAUAAGUCAGCAGAGAAGACAGCAGUACGUGAUGAGGACAUGUCAAUAGAGAAGACAGCAGUACAUGAUGAGGACAUUUCAAUAAAGAAGACAGCAGUACAUGAUGAGGACAUUUCAAUAGAGAAGACAGCAGUCGGUGAUGAGGAUAAGACAGCAGCAGGUGAUGCAGAUAUGUCAGCAGAGAACACACCAGUAUAUGAUGAGGAAAAGUCAGCAGAGAACACACCAGUAUAUGAUGAGGACAUGUCAAUAGAGAAGACAGCAGUACGUGAUGAGGACAUGUCAAUAGAGAAGACAGCAGUACAUGAUGAGGACAUGUCAAUAGAGAAGACAGCAGUACGUGAUGAGGACAUGUCAAAAGAGAAGACAGCAGUACAUGAUGAGGACAUGUCAAUAGAGAAGACAGCAGUACGUGAUGAGGACAUGUCAGCUGAGAAUACAGCAGUACGUGAUGAGGAUAUGUCAAUAGAGAAGACAGCAGUAUGUGAUGAGGACAUGUCAGCUGAGAAUACAGCAGUACGUGAUGAGGAUAUGUCAAUAGAGAAGACAGCAGUAUGUGAUGAGGACAUGUCAACAGAGAAGACAGCAGUACGUGAUGAGGAUAAGUCAGCAGAGAAGACAGCAGUAGGUGAUGAGGAUAAGUCAGCAGAGAAGACAGCAGUACAUGAUGAGGAUAAGUCAGCAGAGAAGACAGCAGUACGUGAUGAGGAUAAGUCAGCAGAGAAGACAGCAGUACGUGAUGAGGACAUGUCAAUAGAGAAGACAGCAGUACAUGAUGAGGACAUUUCAAUAGAGAAGACAGCAGUACAUGAUGAGGACAUUUCAAUAGAGAAGACAGCAGUCAGUGAUGAGGAUAAGACAGCAGCAGGUGAUGCAGAUAUGUCAGCAGAGAACACACCAGUAUAUGAUGAGGACAUGUCAAUAGAGAGACAGCAGACAUGA